AUGCUCGCAUUCGUUGUCCCCGAAACCGCCGUUCGCCCUUUCACCCACUCUUCCCUGUCUCGCUCCUUGAAAGUUACCGUCAUCGCACCUCCCCCUUCCCCCUACCUCACGUGUCCGCUCUCGUUUGAAUGCCCGCGAUCGUUUUAUCCGACGCCCUCUUGCACCGCUCACUCGCUACCUUCCUCCCCCGUCCCCCAUGCUCCCCCGUCCCCCAUUCUCUCCUGUCCCCCCCAGUCCGCGCGCCCCUGGAUGCCCGUGGUCGUUCUCUCCGACUGCCGCCCGCCGCCCAACCUCUUCCAUUGCAACCGGCUUGUACACCGCGACGGGCCCGUCUGGCUGUUUAACUUGACGGUCGCCGACAUGCGCCGCCGGCUGCAGCCCGUCGGGAACUGCGCGCUCGCCACCCCGGAACCCCAGCUGCUGCCAGGCCAGCCAGGUCAGCAACCGGCCACUGCGCGCCAAGUCGCGUACGCUACAGUGCUGCACAGCAAGGAAGACUACGUGUGCGGAGCGAUCGCGCUGGCGAACAGCCUCCGGCGGAGCGGAACGCGCGCGGACCUGGUAGCGCUGGUUUCCGCGGAGAUCGGGAACUUCAGCCGCGGAGGCCUGGAGGCGGCGGGGUGGCGGCUGAUCGAUAUUGAGAGGAUUCGCAACCCGUUCGGACGCGCCGGGACGUACAACCAGUGGAACUACAGCAAGCUCCGAUUAUGGCAGCUGACGGAGUACGCUAAGGUGGUGUUCGUGGACGCGGAUAUCCUCGUUUUAAGAAACAUGGACCACCUGUUCGAGUACCCCGAGCUGUCGGCGCGCAGCAACAGCCGGCGCUUCUUCAACUCGGGCGUGAUGGUCAUCGAGCCGUCCCAGUGUACAUUCGAGCUUAUGAUGGAAAACAUCGAACUGAUUCAGUCAUACAACGGCGGCGAUCAGGGCUUCGUGAACGACGUGUUUUACUGGUGGCAUCGCCUGCCCAAGUCCAUCAACACUCUCAAAUACAUCAACGCGGACGACGGGCCCAAGCGAGACACUGAAACGGAAGCUCUAGAUUCGCUCAUCGCGUCCGACCCGCCCACCAUACACGCGCUGCAUUUCCUCGGCAAGAAGCCCUGGCGGUGUUACCGCGACUUCGACUCAACCUUACAAGCUCACAAAUCCAACGAAGCACUCGCUCCGCCUGUCAACAGCCAUCGGCUUAGCAGCAGCUUCUUUGGCCUUCUCCAUUCCACCCUCAUAACUACCACAAUGGCUGCUACCACCAUGGCUGCUGCUAAGAUUGCAUCUGGUGCUAUCGCUGCCGUAUCCAACCCAGCUCAGAGGACGACCCUCACGUCCUCCUUCGCAGGUGUGCGCCAGCAAUCAGCCACGGCUGCAUUCGGCGUCAAAUCUACUGCUCGCACUGUCGCGUUCUUCAAGCUCGGCGGAGAGAGCGCCAAGAGCGCCGGCAUCUUCGGCAGCCAGCUUCGCGAUGACUACGACGUUGACGACAUUGCCCACUACUUCAACUACUCCGGCAUGCUCGCCGCCGAGGGGUCGUACGAGAAGAUGGCGAAGAUGGUCGAGUCCGGCACGCACGCGUGCGACAUUCUGCUCAUGAUGGCGGCCUCGGAAGGCGACGUCCGCAAGAUCGAGGAGCUCCUGUACGCCGGUGCGCGAUGCGACGUGCCCGACUGGGAGGGACGUACGGCCCUGGACCGCGCGUGCAGUGCCGAGAUUAGGGAGAUGAUUCAACAGGGUGCUUUGACUGGGGCCAUCUAG